UUUUUAAUACGAGAAGAAUGAAAGUUGCAGAGCAUACAUAUAAAUAACAUACCUGCAAAGCACGGCAUACACAUUUGAAGUUUGUUAAAGGAUACUGUGAAGGAACCCUUGUGUCAAGGUGUACAAUUUUCUUCUUAAACUGUAUGAAUGAUGCAAUACCAUGUGUCCAGAAACUGCAUUCCAUAGUCCAAUUUGAUUCUCUUUUCUGUUAGAAAGAAAAAUAGUUUCCUUGUGCCAUUACGCCUUAAAUUAUAUGAAGUGUUUACUACUAUGGUUAUUAUUUGGGUGGCGCUCCAGGAAACUUUAGCAAGCAAGUCAUCAGGUAGCAGGAUUCAAGCUUCAAGGAACCAAGCACAUGGACAAUUGUUAUGAAGGGCUGGCUGGAAACGGUAAUGGUCACUUGGUUUGUAAGCCUUGAUUCUGGGGAUGGUGGUCGAGGAAGGUUGUGGUAAUGCAUGUGGUUUGUUCACAUACCUAUCAACCUAUCAUAUCACUGGAGGCAAACUGAGAUGGACUGGCUAUGCAAACCUGUAGCACAUGGAGUACGAAUUGGUGAAUCAUAUAUAUAGGCUUGCCCCUAUUCAAAGAGGAUUAUGAAUUGUCUCUCCCCCCCAAGUCUUUACCAAUGCAAGAAAAACCCAACAACAAUGGAUGAAUCUGGCAGUUUCUGCUGCUGCUGCUGUUGUUAAGCUCUAGUAGUGCAAUAGCAGUAACACCAAUCUCCGCAUUUAGAUACAUAUUUUCUGCUGCAGCACAGAACUAUUGCCUUACCAUGACUCGCCGCUUACUGGAAGUGAUGUCUCCAGCAGAACAUUCCAUAUCUAAGUCACGGUCUACAGCCUUAUUCUUUUUUCUUGGAGGGAUAGUUAUGCUCAUCAUUCUGCUUAUAAUUGUAUAUAUCUUUCGGAAAAAGAUCAAACCAGAAGAGAUCAAGAAGUUGGUAGCAAGAGUCAGAAAGCGGCCAGCAUCGACAGACGCUUUUAGUGGAAUCCUUAGAACAAUAAGCUAUUUUGACUUCGCAACAUUGAAGAAGGCAACCAAAAACUUUCAUCAGGGAAAUCUACUUGGAAAAGGUGGAUUCGGCCCUGUCUAUAGGGGAAAAUUAAGAGAUGGGAGGUUGAUUGCUGUUAAGAGGUUAUCUCUUGAUAAAUCCCAACAAGGAGAAACAGAGUUUCUUGCAGAAGUAAGGUUGAUCACUAGCGUCCAACACAGGAACUUGGUUCAACUUGUUGGAUGUUGCUCACACGGGCCUCAGCGACUCCUUGUAUAUGAAUACAUGAAAAACAAGAGCUUGGACCAUAUAAUAUAUGGAAAAAGUGAUCAGUUCCUGAACUGGGGCACUAGGUUCCAGAUAAUUGUUGGAAUCGCUAGAGGGUUACAAUAUCUACAUGAGGAUUCCCCCCUAAGAAUUAUACACAGAGAUAUCAAGGCGAGCAACAUUCUUCUCGAUGAAAAAUUUCAACCAAGGAUUGGAGAUUUUGGGCUGGCUAGGUUCUUCCCUGAAGAUCAAGCCUAUCUCAGUACAACAUUUGCGGGAACUCUAGGAUAUACAGCACCUGAAUAUGCUAUUAGAGGAGAAUUGUCCGAAAAGGCGGAUAUAUAUAGUUUUGGAGUUCUUGUGCUUGAAAUAAUUAGUGGCAGGAAAAACACAGAUCUUAGUCUAGCAUCAGAAAUGCAGUACCUGCCUGAAUACGCGUGGAAGUUAUACGAGAGAUCAAAGGUGAUGGAUCUGCUUGAUCCAAAACUGCAACAAGAAGGAUUUGAGGAAAAGGAUGUUAUGCAAGCAAUCAAUGUGGCAUUCUUAUGCCUUCAGCCUCAUGCAAAUCUGAGACCCCCCAUGUCAGACAUUGUAGCAAUGUUAACAUGCAAAGUUCAGAUGACCGGAACACUACCUAUAAAACCGGCCUUUUUGGACAGAAGACGCACCAAGAAUGAAAACCUUUCGUGGGAUACAAUGUCCGAUGUUUUCCCUUCUCCCAUUCAGAGUGAAUCUCCCUCAUUACCUAAUUAAACAACAAACUUGAUUGCAACUUCAUGAUCCUGUCUUUCAAAGGAAAAUGAAAUGGUACGAGGGUCUUCCAGGAAUGUCUUGAGAAUAUUUUCAAAUGUAGCUUCACAUAUAUGUCACAUAUAUAAUUGUUUAUUUCUUCAUUUUUGGUAGAGGUACUUACUUGGUGGUAGAAUUUUGUUACUUGCACAUGAUAUGAUACUAGUCAAGGCUUACUGUUGAGGAGCAUAGAACUGGGUAUGAUUUGUAUUGUUA